AUGCUCACUGCAAGGACAGUCCUUCUGCUCAUCCUGCUCCUCACCUUCUCCCUGCACCAUGCCACAGCCUACUUCAUGCCUGUCGAGUGCUGCUUCAAGUAUGCGCAGAAACAUGUCCGACGGGCGCAAAGUGUCUACGAGACACCCAGAGACUGCUCCUUGCCAGCAGUUGUGAUUGUGGCUGCCACUGGGGCCAAGGUCUGCGCCGACCCCAAGAAUCUCUGGGUGAAGAAAAUUAUGAAAAAGCUUCAAAGGAAAAAAUGA